AUGGUCUAUUCUGGUUCAUCAGCAGCAAAAACUACUGGAUCGUCAACGGCCAUAACCGUAUCGGCAGCACCCCCACAGUGUUCCAAUGAUUCUGUUUCAGGGUUUUCCAAGCAAUUUAACAUCCAUCGACGAGGAGCAUCAAGAAUGGAAACAUCCGAAGCGAUAGCUCGUCGUCGAUCGCGUUCCAACCGUAAGGAACGUCGACGAAACGAAGAGAUGAACAUCGCCUAUGCACGACUUCAACGAUGUGUGCCGCAUAUACCCAGUGAUCAGAAGUUACCAAAAAUUAAAACAUUACGACUUGCACUACGAUAUAUUCAACAUUUGCAAAAUGUUUUAGAUGGAAAUCAGUUUCGUGCUACAUUUUCCAACGAAGUAAGACCUUUACAAUUGGAAGAUUUUGCUUCGGUUGCAAUGGCAGAAGUUCAAGCUCGAAAUAACUACAAAGAUCGAGCAGCACGAGAGGCACAGAUGGGAAUUCGUACGGAAGAUAUUUGCCGGAAAAAUAGUGAAAGUAAAACCUCACGUCAUGAAAAUAAUCCGGUAACAUUCGCAUCGUUAGAACCGUACUGUUCCAGCACUUACACGACCUCUGGUGAAAGUAGUCCUGUUCCGUGUACUUCAGAGAAUCUGUUACCACCACUCUAUCUACAUCCGUUAAGAGCUGAUGAAACUUCACAGUAUGAUCAACAGUUACAGUAUGUGUCAUACUGA